UCGAUGAGGCACUCAAAGGCAGCAGAUCGUGGAGCCAGUGGAUGUCUUUUGUUUCGAUAAAGGAGAUUUACAGGAAUAUACAGUCGUACUAAUUUAUUUAUAGCUAAUCAAACAUUUCCCGCAGACCGUCCUAUACAUUGAAGAGAAUUCGAAUUCAUGCAUUUGAAUGGUUGCUAAUACCACAAGUUAACUGUUUUCACUGUUCAACACAAACUGUUGUUUUUUUUUCUAACUAGCUAGAGCUCCUGUGUUUGUGGACCAAUUCAACAUGGAGGAGUAGAGGCGGGUUGCAAAACCACCAAGCACGACACCAGAGAUUGCAUUAACGUGAUACAUCUCACAAAACCAGCCAGUUGAAUAAGUGUCGAGUGUUAAGUCAAGCUACGUGCAACGUUGGUUCAUUACUUGUUAUACAGCCUGUCCUGGAGUGAGACGUGUGCGAAUCAAUGGUGGUAUCUAUAUGCUCAUGUCAUGUAGCCUACAAGAAAUGCCUGUCUACCAACAGGAUGUUUGGGCUAUCGAUUAACCGCGAGUGAGGAACCUGCUGGUUCCACUGACUCUGUCUAGCCGAGAAUGAGCCAGCCUUCAGAACCCCCUAAUGACGCUCCUGCUCCCACUGUUACAGAAGCGGCUGCAGCACCCGCCCCCACCCCUACCCCAACUCCAACUCCAACUCCAACUCCCACCCCCCCUUCAGACGCCAAGCUUCCAGCGACCACAGGGAAAAAGCAGAACAAGAAGAAGGUGGAGGAGGUAGUAGAGGAAGAGGAGGAGGAAUAUGUGGUGGAGAAGGUCCUGGAUCGACGGGUAGCAAAGGGCAAGGUGGAAUACCUUCUCAAGUGGAAGGGUUUUUCGGAUGAGGACAACACGUGGGAGCCAGAGGACAACUUGGACUGCCCAGACCUGAUCGCCGAAUUCCUGCAGUCCCAGAAGAGCGCGCACGAGACUGGGGGCAAGAGGAAGGCCGACUCGGACACAGAGGGAGCGGUGGCCGGAGAAGAGAGCCGACCCAAGAAAAGGAAAGACGAGCCAGAGAAGCUCCGUGGGUUUGCUCGAGGUCUGGACCCAGAGCGCAUCAUUGGGGCGACCGAUUCCAGUGGAGAACUGAUGUUUCUCAUGAAAUGGAAGAAUUCAGAUGAGGCAGACCUGGUACCGGCCAAGGAGGCCAAUGUGAAGUGUCCACAAGUGGUCAUCUCAUUCUAUGAGGAGCGGUUGACAUGGCACUCCUACCCAACUGAAGAAGAAGAGAAGAAGGAUGACAAGAACUAGG